GGCGGUGAGAGGGAGGGGGCCAGCCAGCGACUGAUGCUCUCUCCCUUCCAUCCAAGCCCGGCAGCAUCUUCCUCCUGUCCUUCCUCCUCCUCCUCCUCCUCCUCUUCCUCCACCAGGCAGCCAAUCCCAGCUGAGACAAGGGGCUGUCAUAGCCCCCCUCCCUCUCCUCUCCUCUCCUCCGCCUCCCACCCCCGAACCCAUCUUGGCAGGGACCAAAGGGCUGGUGAUGCAGCCGCCUCCGGGAGGAUGAGGAGGAGGAAGGCAAGGUAGCAGCGAGGAGGAAGAGGAAGGAGGCGGUGAGGAGGAGGAAGAGGAGGAGGAAGAUGCCUAGACCCCUAGGGAGGUAACUGGGUUCUGGCUGCCCUGCUCUCUCAGCCCCCCUCCUAGCUGUGAGGAGGAAGAGGAGGAGGAAGAGGAUGAUGGUGAGGAUGAUGAAGAUGCCUGGGCGCCUGGGGAGGUAACUGAGCAUCAGCUGUGCUGCUUUCUUGCCUGCUCCCCCCCCUCACCCCUUAAGCUGUGAGGAAGGGAGGAGGAAGGGGAGGAAGACAGCGGUGAGGAUGAUGGAAAUGCUCAGUUGCCUAGGGAAGUAACUGGGCACCAGUUCAAUUGCUUUCUUGCCCACCUGCUUCCCCCCCCCCCCCAUUCAACUGUGAAGAAGAGGAAGGAGGAAUCCUGGAAUUUUAGAAGGAAGCGGUGAUGAUGAAGAUGAAGAUAUCCAGGUGCCUUGGGAGGUAAUUGGGCACUGACUGUGUUGCUAUAAAGAGGAAUAGGAAACCUGGAAUUUUAGAAUUGGAAGAGACCACAAGAGGGAGAAGGAGAAGAAGGUGAUGGGGAUGAAGGAGAAGAUGGCCGGGCGCUUGGGGAGGUAACCAAAGAGGUACCAGAGAGGAAGAGGAAGACGGGGGAAGGCUCUGUGUUCUGUGGUCCAUUGUCUCCGGCAUCCUCCCCCUCAGAGAGAAAGAGAGACACAGAGAGAGAAGAUGCACAAGCACCACCACUGCUGCCGCUGCCCGGAGUGCUACGAAGUGACGCGCAUGGCGGCCCUGCGGAGGAUGGAGCCCCCCAGCUACGGCGAGUGGCAGCAGCAAGAGGCCUACAGCGGUGGCGGCAGCGGCGGGGGCGGCGGAGGGGGCGGCUAUGGGGGCUAUGGCUCGCAGACCCUGCCCUCCCAAGGGGGCUCCGGGGGCAUCAUCGCAGGGGGUUCAGCCACCCCCACGGCCCGUGCCAAGGGCAAGCUCAUCCCCACCUCCCGGGACAAUGUGCCCCCGCCACCCGCGCCCCCUAAGCAGAGCCAGGCCAAGGGAUGCCCUGGAGCAGGGCCCGGAGGUGGAGGCGGCACCUGCGGCACCCCCAAAAUGAACGGCAGUGGCGGUGGACCCGGAUGGUGGCCCGAAUGCACCUGUUCCAACCGGGACUGGUACGAACAGGCCAGCCCCUCGCCCAUCAUUGUCAACACGGACACCUUGGAGCCUGCCCUUUCUGUGAAUGGCAGCGACGGCAUGUUCAAGUACGAAGAGAUCAUUUUGGAACGGGGCAACUCCGGCCUUGGGUUCAGCAUCGCGGGGGGCAUUGAUAACCCCCACAUCCCCGACGACCCCGGCAUCUUCAUUACCAAGAUCAUCCCUGGUGGAGCAGCUGCCAUGGAUGGGAGGCUGGGGGUAAAUGACUGUGUCCUGCGGGUCAAUGAAGUGGAUGUCUCUGAAGUGGUGCACAGUAAAGCCGUGGAGGCCCUGAAGGAAGCCGGGCCGGUGGUCCGUCUCCUGGUGCGGCGGAGGCAGCCUCCACCGGAGACCAUCAUGGAAGUCAACCUCAUGAAGGGACCCAAAGGACUGGGCUUCAGCAUUGCGGGGGGUAUUGGGAACCAGCACAUCCCCGGAGACAACAGCAUCUACAUCACCAAGAUCAUCGAAGGUGGGGCGGCCCAGAAGGAUGGGCGCCUGCAAAUUGGGGACCGGCUGCUAGCGGUGAACAACACCAACUUGCAGGACGUCCGGCACGAAGAGGCUGUGGCUGCCCUAAAGAACACCUCCGACAUGGUGUACCUGAAGGUGGCCAAGCCGGGCAGCGCCCACCUCAACGACAUCUACGCCCCGCCCGACUACGCCAGCACCUUCUCCGCCUUGGCCGACAACCACAUAAGCCAUAACCCCGGCCUGGGCUACCUGGGGGGCCUGGAGCCCAAGCCUGCCUACCCGCCUCCACCGCAGGUCACGCCAGCCCGCUACUCGCCCGUCCCACGGCACCUGAUGGGGGACGAGGACUUCACCAGGGAGCCCCGGAAGAUCACCUUGCACAAGGGCUCCACCGGUUUGGGCUUCAACAUUGUGGGCGGUGAAGAUGGCGAAGGCAUCUUUGUCUCCUUCAUCCUGGCCGGAGGGCCGGCUGACCUGAGUGGGGAGCUGCGCCGUGGAGACCGCAUCCUUUCGGUGAACGGUGUCAACCUCCGGAACGCAACCCACGAACAGGCGGCCGCAGCGCUGAAGAGGGCUGGCCAGACGGUCACCAUUGUUGCCCAGUACCGACCGGAAGAGUACAGCCGUUUCGAGUCCAAGAUCCAUGAUCUCAGAGAACAAAUGAUGAACAGCAGCAUGAGUUCAGGAUCUGGAUCUCUUCGGACAAGUGAAAAGCGGUCUCUCUAUGUACGGGCCCUCUUUGACUAUGACCGGACUCGGGACAGCUGCCUGCCCAGCCAAGGGCUGAGCUUCUCUUACGGAGACAUUCUCCAUGUCAUCAAUGCCUCGGACGACGAGUGGUGGCAGGCGAGGCUGGUCACCCCUCACGGAGAGAGCGAGCAGAUUGGGGUCAUUCCAAGCAAGAAGAGAGUGGAGAAGAAAGAACGGGCGCGAUUGAAAACAGUGAAGUUCCAUGCCCGAACUGGGAUGAUAGAGUCCAACCGGUCGAUCAAAACGAAACGUAAAAAGAGUUUCCGCCUCUCCCGAAAAUUCCCAUUUUACAAGAGCAAAGAGAACAUGGCCCAGGAGAGCAGCGGACAGGAACAGGGAGUGACAUCCAACACCAGUGACAGCGAAAGCAGUUCCAAAGGACAAGAGGACACCAUUCUGUCAUAUGAGCCUGUGACACGGCAAGAAAUCCAUUAUGCGCGGCCGGUGAUAGUCCUGGGACCCAUGAAGGAUCGCGUCAACGAUGACCUCAUCUCAGAGUUCCCACACAAGUUUGGCUCCUGCGUGCCCCACACGACCAGGCCCCGGCGUGAGAAUGAGGUCGAUGGGCAGGACUACCACUUUGUGGCGUCCCGGGAGCAGAUGGAGAAGGACAUCCAAGAGAGCAAGUUUAUUGAGGCUGGGCAGUUCAACGACAACCUCUACGGGACCAGUAUCCAGUCUGUGCGAGCAGUAGCUGAGCGGGGGAAGCACUGCAUCCUCGAUGUGUCUGGCAACGCGAUCAAGAGGCUGCAGCAAGCGCAACUGUUCCCCAUUGCGAUUUUCAUCAAGCCCAAAUCUAUUGAGGCACUGAUGGAGAUGAACCGGCGGCAGACGUAUGAGCAAGCAAACAAGGUCUUUGACAAAGCCAUGAAGUUGGAGCAGGAGUUUGGAGAGUAUUUUACAGCCAUUGUCCAAGGAGACUCUCUGGAGGAGAUCUACAGCAAAAUCAAACAGAUCAUCGAGGACCAGUCCGGGCAUUACAUCUGGGUCCCGUCCCCUGAGAAACUGUGAAGCCCCCCCUCCUUCCCCGACCCCAGGAUCCACUUGUGAGGAGGAGGAGAAGAAGAAGAUCAGAGACCCCUCCCCUUGCCCUCUGCCCCGAGCGGGGAGCCAGAAGACCACCCCUUUCCCUUUUUUAGAUGGUUGACAAUUGCGUUUUCUAGUCCUGUUUUUCUUUCUUCCUUUCUUUCUCGGGGUGGACACAGUCUCCUCCAUCAAGCGACUGUCCCCGUCAAUCCUGCAUGGACCUUCCUGCUGCUCCCUUAGAAAAGGAGACAACCCCCUUCUCCCCCUUUUGAGAGUUUUGUGUGUUUUUUAAUUUAAAAAAGAAAAGAAAAUUAACAAAGAACAAUUAGAAGUCAGGCGGGAGGUGGCAGAUGAUGACUGGCCUGAAGACUCAGAUAGUGACUGCCCUGGAACUCUACCAAGGACUGGCAGCCCUCAGAGCGCAGGGAUUGCCCAGCACUGUGACUGAAGGAAAAGCAACAGAAUGCAUUUAUUUAUCUAUGUAUGUAGCUAUAUAUAAUAUAUAUACUAUAUAUAUAUACACACACACAUAUAUAUAUACAUAUAUAUAUUAUAUGUGUGUGUGUGUAUAUGGACUAGAAAAUCUGAGGGGGGCUGCUUAAGUGGUACUUUGUGAGUGCAAGACAUGUAUUGCUGCCGUGCCUCGGCUGCUGGGCCCAGAAGGCUCUGGCGGCCGGCGCAAACCCAAUGGUACCGAGUUGUGUUUUUUGGGCACCGAGUGGUGCUUUUUCCAAAGCCAGUUCUGUGGAGACGACUGUGGAUGAAGCCGAGGGCCCGGAAUCACAUCUGAAGUUACGACGCUUGAUCUCAGCACGAGAAAGCGAAUGGAUAAUACUACAUAUUAAUUGCACAUUGUUUUAUUUUUUCGUCACCUGAUGUGUUUGCAUGAGGUUACCUUCUUCCUUCCUUUUUUUUUUUAAGCUGGUGUUAAACCAAAAUCAUAUUUGUGUUGGUGUGUUGGCUUUUCAUGAUUCCAGGCUUUUGGUUUUAAUAACGAACUGAACGGGUAUACAACCAAGUUUUUUUAACUUAUUUUUUAAGAUCGUUCCAUUGUAAAUAGAUUCUAGGUCCAGGCCCAAACUAUGGACUGUGGGGAAUGAGCGCACCGGUUCGCAAUUGAGAGGCUUUAUAGCUUUGGUGUCUCAUUCUGGUGGAAGAACAUGGAGCUCCGUGCCGGGAGUAGCUGGGAGGGCAGCAGCCGAGGAAGAGAAGAGGACGAGAAGAGGAGAACCUGUGUCUUUGGAGGUCACAGUAUUUCAAUCGCACGACGGAAUUUAGGACAAGUGUCUCUGGGAAUCCUUUCCUUUGCAGAAUUUGAUCAAGCUCACCACUUGAAGCCCUUUGCAAAGAGAGGGUCCGGGCCUCCCUCUCCAAUGUUCUUGCAGGAGGAAUGCAGGAGGCUCUCUGCUGCUGUGAGGCACAAACUGUUCGUCUUCCAAGGUCUGAGGCGGCUGCUUCGCAGGAGCCUUGAGGUGUGUGCUCAUCUCAGAGACGUCUAUCCGUACGUUGACUGUCUUUGCUGCAGAGCUUAUUUUGUCCCUGAACAAGAGAGUUGCAUGGGACUGGGAAGAAACCAGGGAGAAGGCUUACAGCAUCUCCCUAUCCAGGGCAGGCCCUUGCCUCUCGGCCCAAGGGAAGGUUGGCUGACUUCCCGGAGAUUGUUAUCCCUGCUGCCCUUUUAAAAGAGGUGGUGUUGCCCAAUCCGGUUUCCUCAGAGAGAGCCAUGGCUGUUUUAAGAAGAGACCCAGAAGAAUCUGGACUCGGCUGGUAUCAGGGUGGUGCUGCCCACUCCGUCGCUGGUAGGUAGCUGUGUCAUUCAUUAUGUGAUUUGUGCACGGGCUUCGUUGUUAAACAUGAGUGAAAAAAAACUGUCCUCUUGCGGAGAUUCGUGCUGGUAAGCAAGAAGCCAUUUCCACACCGUCCGCUGGUGUCGCAAGGAGCGUCAAGCGGACCUUUCCUGCGACCAGAGCUGCUGCUGUUUGCUGGCAGGACUAUGAAGGAGGAGGAGGAGGAGACAGACGUGGGAGCCAGUGAUGCCCCACAAAGGGGGGGGGGUCUCUGGCAGAGGGGGGCAGCCACCAACUUCCUCUUGCCGGCCCCUGGCUCUGACCCCUUUUCUUUUCUAAUAGCCUGCCACUUUGUCUUCUAGGCCAUGGAGAAACAAAAAACGGUCUAUGUGCUCUGUGGCAUAGCGGAAAGUAUCGAUCAUGACACUAGUGGGUUUACCAGUGUUUCUUCCAAGGAGACAUAUAUUUUUAAUAAACAGAACGUUGCAAUGAA